AUGUCGCACGCCCGCGUGGAAGAAGUGUCCGACUCGGACUCAGACCCGGACGUCAUGGACCCUAGCCAAUUCGACCCGGGCCAAUCGAUUCUCUCUCCCGCCGACAUUCCUUCCUUUUCCUCAUCCUCCCCUCCCAACCCUAACCUUGGCUUCGGUGGCCCUGGGACGACAAGCGCAGGCGCCGGCGGAGUUGGAGGAGUUGGAGGACUCGGAGGACCCGGCACAGAAUUUCUUCAACCCCGCUUCAAUUCGCCGCGCACCGGCUCCGCCGAAGAAGCCGCCACGGUCGAGCGCACCCGGAGCUGGCAGUGCCUGUACCCGGUGUAUUUUGACGCGAACCGCAGCCGGGCGGACGGGCGCCGGGUGGGCAAGGACCAGGCCGUCGCGAAUCCGCUGGCGCGGGAAAUCGUGGACGCUGUUGCGGGCCUGGGCCUGCAUGUCGUGUUUGAGCCGGGCAAAGUGCAUCCCAAGGACUGGAGCAACCCUGGGCGCGUCCGCGUGUUGGUCAAAGAGGGAGGAGUCGCGAAGAAUUCGAGAGUAAAGAAUAAACACCACCUCUACACCAUCGUCUCAGAACACCUCAAGGCCCACCCAACGACCGAAAACUCGCCCAUGCGCCUGCGCGUCGCGGGCCUGCCGACCCCGAACAAGGCCGUCCCGCCCCCUGCCAUCCCACGCGGCUGGAAAAUGGGCUCCAUCCUGCCGCUGCACUCGCCUGCCAUGAGCGGCGGCGGCGUGAGCGAUGAUUUUCUGAAGCAGAUGAUGGGCGAGCUGUCGGGAAGUCCUGCAGGGGGCGGUAGCGAUAGCGAUGCUGUAGCUGCCGGUGCUGCGGGUGGAAGUAGCAAGAAGAAGGAUAAGAAGAAGAAGGGCAAAGCUUGA